GAGCAGUCCUAGCCCAGCCUGUGCUAGGUAGAGGACAGCCAGCCACGCCACUUGCUUUAGCCUAGAACCAUCCCCCCCAAAUCCUGGAGGUAUCCUGGUGCUUGAACUGAUUUUGCAGAGGCAGAAUGGACAUCAAGGAGUAUUUUGCCCGAAUUUCUUACCUGGGUCCCUACAAUAAGCCAGACCUGCGUACUCUGACAGAUAUAUUGCAGCACCACAUCCGAGCUGUCCCUUUUGAAAACCUCAGCAUCCACUGUGGGGAAAGGAUUGAGCUGGACCUGGAAGCAACCUACAACAAGAUAGUGAGGAAGAAACGUGGGGGUUGGUGCAUGGAAAACAAUAACCUUUUGUCUUGGGUCCUGAAAACUCUUGGCUAUGACAUCACCCUUCUGGGAGCCAACGUUUACGUCCCGGAGCGCGACGCCUACCCAGAGGAAAUCAAUCAUCUUCUCCUGAAAGUGGUGCUUGAUGGCAAAUCCUACAUCGUGGAUGGGGGGUUUGGGAUUGCCUACCAGAUGUGGCAGCCAAUGGAGCUGAUUUCAGGGACAGAUCAGCCGCAGACUCCUGGGGUCUUCCGCUUCCUGGAGGAGGGGGGGACCUGGUACUUCGAGAAGAUGAAAAGAAAGCAGUUGAUUCCCAACCAAGAUGCCUCCGCUUCCCAUAGAGUGGAAGGUGAAGCUUGCCGCCGGAUUUACCUCUUUACCCUUCAGCCACGAGACAUUGAAGAGUUCAGAGGCUGCAAUGCCCUCCUGCAGACAGCACCCGACUCGCCCUUCACGACCAAGUCCCUGUGCAGCCUGCAGACUGUCGACGGCGUCCGGGCACUGGUGGGGUGGAAACUCACUGAGAUGAAGUUCAAUUAUAGGGACAAUAUGGACCUUGUGGAAAUCAGAAUGCUUGCAGACGAAGAAAUUGAGAAAACGCUGAAAGAGAAAUUCAAUAUAACGCUAGACAAGAAACUUGUACCCGUCAAUUCAAAAAGGUCUCUGUUCUAACUCACUGCCUGAAUUAUAAUUCAAUUCAGGGGCACUACAGGCAAUUCUUCCCCCUCUUUCUGACAAGCAUCUGAAGGUUAAGCUUUUCCCUUCCAUCUACACCAGUGUAAGGCAGAACACACUAACACGAAUCUCCAAAAGAAAUGGAUUUUCACAACUAUUCCUCCAUCUCUUUUUGGUUUGGGUCCAAAUAAUUCCUUCCUAGCUCAAUCAAAUCACUGUCCUCUGUUUGUGCUUAGCAGGGAGCACACUCUGCCCAUUCCCUACUCCUUUCAUCUCUUAAAAGCUUCUUUAAACACACCCAGAGUAGCUGGGCAGAGCGAUGGAACUGUAUGUCUCUCUCUUUAUUACCUGGUGCUGCCACCUGGGGAAAAUCAUAUCCACCUCUUAAAUGAACACUGUAUUACUUUUGGGAAUU